AUAACCAACGCUAUCACACGCACCUCAACUCUUCAACGAAUUAGCUACCUAACAAUCCAUUAACCAAUCAACUCUCUUUAUUCUCUAAACUAUCGUUAUAUAAAUUUUAGUUGUGACUUCCUCUUGUUUCAUUUCAUACUCCAACAGCCAUGGAUCCCAACCCGGGGACAUUCCCCAUUCUCUCCUACGUCAUGUCCCGUCUACAAUCCUUCGGCGCCAGAUCUCCAACCCAUGAUUCCAAAUCCGAAUUCAAUCCCGAAAAACCACAACCCUCACAUCAUCCAUCAUCAUCAUCAUCUCCUUCUUCAAUCGUCGGCCAAAUGCCGAAUCUCACCGACCCAAAACUAUUGGCCUCCAUGACCCAAGCCAUCUCAGACGUCUCCCAAGCCCGAUCAGUCCUCAAACUCAUCGGCGACCGGCCCACACACGAGGAAGUUGACACCGCCAAGGCCAAACUGGUCGACCUCGAGGCCCAUUUAUUGCGCCAAUUGGAAGAGAUCGUGAGCCUCCCUAGGCCGCCUGAGAUCGACGAAAACCAAUGGCGGACUCAUGUUACCGAAAGAGAGACGAAGUGUAGAGAAUCUGCUGAAAAAGAGAAACGAGAUUAUAAGUCGCUGUUGCAAAGAGAUGAGAUGCAUGAUGCUUAUGAGAAGCUUCUUAAGGACGCGGAGACAAGGCUUGUGAAGAUUUAUGAAGAGGAUGAUGGUGGUAACGGUAAUGACGGUGACGUGGCGGAGGAUGGUGAAGGUGGAGAACAUGUUAGGAGGAUAUUGCAGGAGGCGCGUGAGCAAAAUGUUGAGCGAGUGGAUCUUAAGAGGCAACAUUUGAAAACCUUGCCGGAGGGCUUUUGCCAGAUUUCUUCUUUGGUGGUCCUCAAUCUCUCCACUAAUCAGCUUGUGGUGAUUCCUGACACAAUAUCUGGAUUGCAAAAUCUUGAGGAGCUUAAUAUCUCUACCAAUCUUUUGAAGUCACUUCCAGAUUCAAUUGGCUUCUUACAUAAGUUGAAAAUCCUCAAUGUCUCAGGAAAUAAGUUGACUCACCUUCCUGAUUCCAUCAGCCAGUGCAGAUCAUUGGUGGAGCUAGAUGCAAGCUUUAAUAGCCUAUCAUAUUUGCCAACAAACAUAGGAUUCGAAUUACAGAAAUUACAGAAGCUCCUGAUUAGUUUAAACAAGAUACGAUCCCUUCCGUCGUCUAUUUGCGAGAUGAAGUCAUUGCGCUGUCUAGAUGCUCACUUCAACGAGCUCCACGGGCUUCCUAGCGCAAUCGGGAAACUGACUAGUCUUGAAGUUCUCAAUCUGAGUAGUAACUUCAGUGACCUUCAAGAAUUACCAGAGACUUUCGGCGAUCUAAGUAGCCUUAAGGAAUUGGAUCUUAGCAACAAUCAAAUUCACGCACUUCCUGAUACAUUUGGUCGCCUCGAUAGUUUAACCAAGCUAAACUUGGAGCAAAACCCUAUUGAAUUGCCACCUAUGGAGAUUGUAAAUGAAGGUGUGCAAGCCAUUAAGUCCUACAUGGCCAAGAGGUGGAUUGAGUUAUUAGCAGAGGAAGAGAGGAAAAAGACGAUUGAGUUGCCAGAACAAGGACAGGGUGCUUGGUUAACACGAAGUGCGUCCUGGUUGAAGAAUGUUUCUGGAAAUGUAACUGAGUAUAUUGGAAGUAUCUCCCCGAGAUCCCCGAGAUCUCCGACUGAUCACUUUCUUAAUCAGCAACUAUGAGUUCAAGUGGUAGUCCAACAAACAUUGGGGACUAGGACUCUCAAAGCUACCUAAGGAGAAUGAAUGGUAGCAUAAUUUCCUUUUAAGCAUCUAGGAUAAUCACAGUUUUAUUUACAUGUGAUAGGCGGCGCAACAUCAGCAAUAACAACCACUAAACUUUAUCCCAACAAGUGAUAUUGGUUAUAUGAAUCGCUCAACAUCACCGAUAACAACAACCAAACUAUAUUCCAAUAAAUUAUAUUAGUCAUAUGAAUCAAUUUUCAGCAUAAUAUUAUAUCUAGAAUUAUAUGAUAGACAAAUGUGAAUUUUUUUACAUGUUAUUUGAGUUUUUUUCUUA